AUGCCACUUGAUAGCGAAGGCUAUCGCUUUGAGGAGUGGUCAUUCCCAUUUCCUCUAUUUGUCAAUGACUCGGCUAUUUGCGUUAUUUCCCGUCCGAACAAUACGGUUGCAAUGUGUACUGCGUCGAUAUUGCAGUGUGGCCACAGCUCCCAUAGCAGAAAUAUUAAGAGGGCUACUACACCCGGCCAGUAA